AUGCUUAAAACUUUCGGCUUGCAAUAUCUAGACAGAGUUACCCAUACAUACCUUACAGUUUUCGAAAGCUGGAAACUUGCUGAAUUCAUUUCCGGCACAAAGUUACACAAUUUGCCAAGUGUUCAAGCUCAGUCAGCCUUCAAAGAUUGGCUAGACCUUUUUCAUGGUGACUUACCACACAAAUAUCAAUCUAGCAUAGGUUUUUCAAAGAUGCUUAAAACUUUCGGCUUGCAAUAUCUAGACAGAGUUACCCAUACAUACCUUACAGUUUUCGAAAGCUGGAAACUUGCUGAAUUCAUUUCCGGGCACAAAGUUACACAAUUUGCCAAGUGUUCAAGCUCAGUCAGCCUUCAAAGAUUGGCUAGACCUUUUUCAUGGUGA